GGGGAGACGGGAGGGACUGGGAGGGACUAGAAGUAUAUUGGGCCAUACUGGGAUAUACUGGGAUGAGAGAUGGGGACACUGGGUGUUACUGGGAGACACUGGGAUGGACCAUACCGGUCUAUACGGGUCCAUACUGGUCUAUACUGGUGUAGGGCCAACGUGCGCCGCAUGCACGCGGCAGAGCGGCUCAAUGACGCCAUCGUGCGGCGAUCGGCGGCAUCGCGCCUCGUCCUCCUCGACUUGCCCGCACCUCCACCGCCGCCGCGGCCACGGGAUGACAACUAUGUGGAAUUUCUGGAGGUGCUGACGGAGGGACUGGGACCGGUGCUGCUGGUGCGGGGUGGGGACCGGACCAGUAAGGACCAGUAAAGGACCAGUAUGGAGAUCAAUGGGCUGGAUGGGGCAGCACGGAGAUCUGCGGGGCGCCCACGGUGCUCCCAGUAUGGAUCCCAGGGCUUCCAGUAUGGCACUGGUGCCCCCAGUAUGGAUCCCAGUACACUGAAGGCUCUCCCAGUGUUCCCAGCACAACACCAGGGCUCCCAAUCGGGAUCCCAGCACACUGAGUGCCCUCCCAGUAUGGAUCCCAGUGCUCCCAGUAUGGAUCCCUGUACACUGAAAGCUAUCCCAGUACACCACCAGUGCUCCCAGUAUGAAUCGUAGCACAUUGAGGGCGCUCCAAGGAUGGAUCCCAGUAUACUGAGGGCCCUCCCAGUGCUCCCAGUACAACACCAGUGCUUCCAGUAUGGAUCCCAGUGCCCCCAGUACCCCCCAAUAAACUCUUCCCCCACCCC